UUCAUGGAGAUAAUAAAUGGAACCCCACCUUGUCUGCAAGGUCAUGACCAAACAGUAUCUUCUUUUUCUUUGACUCUUUGCGAUCCCUAAGCUUAGACAACUUGACGGUGUCGACUUUCUGCUGGCCCAUUGUGGAUUCUGUAAAUUUUAGUAGUAAUAAACAACUAGUAAUAGUAAGAAGCUCAAGCACAUAUAACUUAGUUAUCACACAAAAAUUACAUAAUAGUAAAGAAAGAAUAUGUAUAUAUAUAUGGCCAUUGUUCAAUGUUCACUAUUAUUUAUUAACAUCAUGAGCGUUUUCAUUUUUUUACGUUAUACUCCUUGUUUGUCGCAUCAAACUUCUUUUCCUUGGGCUCUAAAGUCUACAAGAGUCAAGACUACAAGUCCCUGUCGUCUCCAUUACUUCCACUUCUGCUCCUUUCUUUACUAACUUUAAUUAUUUUUCUAAGAAAAAUGACAAUACAUGUUGCUCUCGUCUUUGUUUUCCCGGCUAAAAAGGAUGUCACGUUUUAUCCGCUUUUAAUGCUCUUUUUCAUUUCCUGUUUCUUGCAAAUAGAAAUCCUGAGAAAUCCCUAGCCCACUUCUUUACUUUGCCUUAGCUGUAUUCUACAACCCUGACGAGUCGGCUACUUACGAGGGUUGUAUAUUACUCUUUCUCUCUGUUUCAUAUCAAGUAUUUAUUGUAGAAAAAAAAUUUGUUACAAAAUAAGUGUCGUGUUCGAUUUUCAAUGUAAAAUUUAUUAAUUUUAUUCAGCUAUUUAUUUUUCUAUUGGGUAAAAUAUGGUUAAGUAUAUAUGUAAUUAUGUUUUUAUAUAGAAAAUAUACAAAAUUAAUUAUUUUCUUAAUCUAUGUGCACAAAUCUAAAAUGACACUUAAAAUAAAACGGAAAGAAUAGUAUUCACACCUUCAUUUUUUUUUUUUGCUAAAAUUCACACCUUCAAUGUUAUCAAUCAAAAUCUCAAAGCUCUACUUGCAUCUUGACAAAAAAAUGUUUUGUUUUUAUGAACAAUCUGCUGUUGCUGUCACAAACAUUGAAUACACAAUGUCAUAAAUGUUGUACAAAAAUUGCGUGUAAUAAAUGGCCAGGGCCGGCUCGAAGCUCGCUGAUCAUCCUUAUUUGCUUCUCUAUUCCCACACACAUAAUCGUUUUUAUUUCGCUUUUCUUAUACCUCAUUUUAUUUAUAUCAUCUAUAUAUAAAGAACCAGACUUUUGUUUCAUCUUUACGACAUUAAAAACCAGACCAGAAGCACAUUAAUAGUUUUACCUUUUUCUCAAAAAUUCUCACUUUGAUCCUAUCUUCCCCUUUUUCACUUGGAGCGAGGUGAGCAAAAUGGGAAGAAAGCCUUGCUGUGACAAGAAAGGUUUAAAGAAAGGUCCAUGGACUCCUGAAGAAGAUGAGAUUCUUGUUGAAUAUAUCAAGCAAAACAGCCAUGGAAGCUGGAGAUUACUUCCAAAGAAAGCUGGUUUACUACGCUGUGGAAAGAGUUGUAGAUUGAGAUGGACCAACUAUCUAAGACCAGACAUAAAGAGAGGUCCAUUCACUCCCCAGGAGGAGAAACUCGUUGUCCAACUUCACGCCAUUCUUGGCAACAGGUGGGCUGCUAUAGCUGCACAGCUUCCAGGGAGAACAGAUAACGAGAUCAAGAACUUAUGGAACACACACUUGAAGAAACGUAUACUAAGUAUGGGUCUUGAUCCCAAAACCCACGAGCCGUUACCUUCACAUGGGUUAGCCAAACAAGCUCCAGCUUCACAAACAACUCGCCACAUGGCUCAAUGGGAAAGUGCUAGGCUUGAAGCUGAGGCAAGACUCUCUAGAGAGUCAAUUCUUUUUAAUCCUUCUUGUGAAGUAAAAUAUGAAUGUGAUCAUUUCUUACGCAUAUGGAACUCAGAGAUUGGUGAAUCUUUCAAAAACCUUACUACUACAAGUCAAAGCCCUUGCUCGAGGACAACAUCUUCCUCAUCUGCACUUGUAGGGAAAGAGACUGUUAUGGGGAUUAAUCAUGGCUCUGGCUCUUCUUCUCCAUGUUCGAAUAAUGUUGAAGAUGUUUCAUCAGACUCUGCUCUUCAGCUUCUACUUGAUUUCCCAAUAAGUGAUGAUGAUAUGAGCUUCUUGGAAGAGAACAUUGGUAGUAGCUACACAGAGUCACACGUUGGUGUUUCUAUCAAUGGUUUCUAAACUUUGGUCUUCUGAUCUUUAGUAAUCAGAAGUAGAGAGAUACAUUGUCUAAUGUAAAUUCGCAUUCAGUUGGUUUAAAAUUAUUUAUUUUCUUA